CCUACUCUCCUUCACGCCCGCUCCCUCGUCACCUUUUGCUUUCCCCUUCCACGUCAAUUCUUCCACACCAUAUCAUAUCCCGCUAUCCAUUUACUGUUUCCUUCCCUCCCUUUGCCCACUGCCUCUGUUGUCUUCAAUCCCAUCUGCCCGGGUGUGGCUCUUCCCUCUUGUUACAACCCGGAAUCGCCAUUCGGUGUUGUACAUACACCCGCCACCUACUCCUCCACUUACCCCCAAGACCCCCCAAACCGUCACUGCAUUCGCCAUGGCCACCAUGGACGAAUCACGCUCGCCUAACACUGUCCUAGACGACGGACUUGCACUCGAAAAGGUCGCCGUCGGACCAUACUGCAUCUUCGAUGCUUUCAAACCCUCCCCGAGUCCCCGAUCUAACAACACAAUAGCAGCCUCGCCCCUGCUUAGAAAAAAGGCCAUCAUGAACAACCUCCCUCUCCCAGGCGACUUCGCUUUCACAAAUGCCGAGCGCGCCCCUUGGCUCACCACCUCGGGCGACGACAUGGCCCUCACAGCACCUGCCCCUGAAGAUUUCACCCGAAACGAUUGGAACGAAUGGAUGCAAUGGGACCCGAAUUCGUCGCAGCAUCAACAAGCCCAACCUCAACCUCAACCUCAACCACAAAACCAGAGCCAGGCUCAGCCGCAGCCUCGGGACGCGAAACCUCUGAACCCUCAGGGGCCCGUCUGCUUCCUUAAGCCCGACCAGCGCACUCCCCUCUUCAACCGCCGCCAGAUCCCCCAACUACCUCAGACUUCCGUGGACAUGCAAUCUAGUGCCAUGUCGGCGCCACCCCUCCCCGCUACACAUCUCGGCACAGUGCCUUUCAGUUUUGGCGAAGGCGUAGUGCCUCCCACCGCGUUCGAUUUCGCCGGAACCGCUCUGAGCUCUCCUUCCACAGGUGAUGGCCAACAGCAACACGGAUUCUACUCGCCACCUCUCUGGGACCAGCAACAGCAACAAGGCGACAGGAACCUAUUCUCCCCACAGGCAUUCGGUCACCACGGAUUGGCUUCCGUUCCCGCUCCUCCUCUGUCCACGCCUAGCCUGCAGCACAGCCCGUCUUCCGUGAACAAUGGCCGAACGAGCUCCUCAUCCGCACAGUCCUCGCCAGAACCCAGUAUCGAGAACACAAAGAAGCGAAAGUCGUCCUCCGAAGAGACCGAACCAGAGCCAUCGGACAAGAAGGAGAAGCAGCCUCCCGUGAAGAAGACGGCCCACAACAUGAUCGAGAAGAGGUACAGGACGAAUCUCAACGAUAAGAUUGCUGCACUCCGAGACAGUGUACCCAGCCUGCGAGUAAUGUCGCGCCCCGGUGGUGGCAAUGAAGAAGACGACGACCCAGAGGACCUGGAAGGCCUCACCCCUGCCCACAAGCUCAACAAAGCCACCGUGUUGUCGAAAGCGACCGAGUACAUCCGCCAUCUGGAGAAGCGCAACAAGCGCUUGCAAGAGGAGGUCGGAACGCUCAAAGGUAGACUGGAUAGUUACGAGAAGAUGGCCAUAUCGGGCCCAAUGGCCUUGCACGGAUCGGUGGGAACUCCGGACGGAAGCCGAUAUCACGACGACCCAUUUGCACACCACGCCGCCAUGCAGCAGGCCGGCCCACCGCAAGGCAUGAUCCCAGUGCCAGAGAGCAUGGCAAACCUUCAUCGCGGACUCCCACCACAGCCUCACUAUGCUCCCCAGGCUGCCGCAUACCAACAAUACUCGAACGGCCCGGGCCGACCCACUCACGCUGGUCCACCGAUGGUCAACAGCCGACGCAGCAGCGCAAUGAUGGGCAAAUUGAUGGUUGGUUCGUUGGCUGGCUUGAUGAUCAUGGAAGGCCUCGUCGAGCGGGAGCAAUCGCAGGAGGAGCCCGAAGGCCGCGGACUCUUCGCUCUGCCAUUCAACCUCGCCGCUGUUUUCGCACCACGCGUUUCGCUGGGCGCUGCCUCUGCUCAGUUGCCACUCGCCAAGUUGUUGCUCGUAUUUGGCGCAGUCUUCUACAUCAUCGCACCGCUUCUCGACUUCCGCUCCAAACCUAAGAAGAAGGCUCCUCCCGCAAUCCUCCUGUCCCGUGCUCCGUCACUCGCGUCUCCCGUCGAAGUGCGCCGCAAGGCCUGGUUGACUGCUAUCCAGACGGUAUGGGUUCCUCGCCAUAAUUUCCUUCUCGAGGUCGCCGCUUUGGCCUUGAAGACCCUCAAGCUCAGCACUCGCAAGAUCAUCGGUUGGCCAGCAUAUGCUUUCCUAUUCGGCAUCACCAAGGAGCAAGAGGCUGCUCGAGUUAAGGCUUGGCUAAUCGCUUUGGACGCUCAACUCACCGGAGGCGACGCUGAGAUCAGCAAAAGCCGCCUGGUCCUUACUCUGAUGGCAUCCGGAACCCUGCCUGACACUCCAGCCCUUCUUAUGCUGAAGGCGCUGCACAUUCGAGUCUUGCUUUGUGAACUUGCGAACACCCGUGUCGGUGGUUGGAAGAUUCUGGAGGACUUGAGCGCCAUGUUGGCUCGUCGGUACUGGAACCUUGCCCGCACAGAGCACAAAGUCGCGAAAAACGCAUCUUCCAAGAAUUCGGAUGUCGAUCAGUUACCAUCGCAUCUUGCUGCGCUCCUUGAGAUGGAGUGCGACGAGGUGUUGAUUCCCAGCAUCGUCCAGCGUGCCUACAACUUGGCUUGGAACAAACCCAGUGCAGAAAACACCACACUGGACAAGUCAAUGGACGGCGUCGUCGAAGACUUUGCCAUCUCUUCACCACUUGAUGCUCUUGCAGCUUGGUGGUCUAGCCAUGCGACCCGAAAGGCUCUUAUUGGUUGCCUUGGUUCGAAGGGCAAGACUGUGAAGGACAGUGUCAAGCGGGAAUUGGAGCUGGCUGGCCGGACGGCGCCGCCCACCUCCCAGGCCCGCAUUCGAGCUCUUGCAGCGCAGGCUGUCGUCCUGGAUGAUAACCGAACGGACCGCAUCGCGACUGCAUUUGCCGCCCUUCCCUCCACUCCAGAACAAGCGGAGAACAAGAGCGUCUCCGUCAAGUUUGUCAACCUGAUCAGUAACGACGCCCUGCCCGCCGAUGUUCAGAAUGCGCUCACACUUGCCAAAUGCCUUGCCCUGGUCGAGUGUCUGAACCCUCAAGCUCGUCCCCGUGCGGUGCUUACCGUCAACAACCUGUCUUUCCCAGAAGCCACUACCACUUUGCUCAGUUUUGUCGCUGGCUACAAAGUGCUAAGGCACUUCAUCAACAACCCAUCCCUACAGUUUGAGAGCAGCGCUGGUCUGGAGCGUCUGGCAAGCUCUUUGCGCAUGUGGAUUGGGCAUGCUACUGGCCGCCGCAGCGGCCUCUCCAACAAGAUUCGUGCCCGUGUCAUUGAACAAUGCCUCGAUGCUAGCAAGACCCUCGUCGGGUUGGCAGAUCCCGAGGACAUUGACGAUGGCUAUGUCAGUUCAAGCGUAAAGGACGAUUGAACAAUUAGGCGGGCACAUUUUCUUUCUUUCUUUUUCUUCUUCUCCCAGUUAAACAAUUCUUUCGCGGGAUAUACCAGGCAGGUGCCGGAAUACUUUUUGAUAAAUAGGCGUUAUUUGGAUUCGAAGACCACGACAAGGCUAUUGGUCAUUGCAUAUGCGUUUACAUCCCUGGCCGAGACCUAUUCAGGCCCAAACAGAGCACUUUUGCUCCAUUCAGAUUUGGACCUCUAGAGAUCAGGGACCAAAGUCCACUCAUCCACCAACUUACUUUCUUUUGUCGAUAUUAUGUAAGGCAUUGGGACUAAAUGAAAGGGGAUAUCCUUUGGGAGGAAUCGCAGGAAAUAUGGGCAACGGAAGCUCCUAAUGAGCUACAUAUAUGGGCGGAACAUGUGCAUUUAAGCGGAAUGCAUAUCCGACAGAUUCUAGAAUCAUUAUUCAUGACUGUAGCAUAGAAUCCACCUGCUAUUCACAGCAAACCGC